AUGGUUGUUCUCGAAAAUCGAGGAUCCGGGCGUGACGACGUGCAGAUUGAGGAAGUUUUGGGCGCCUCUUUGGUGCCCAGCUGCUUGUUGCUGUCAUGUGCCUUGCUGCCCGUGAGGCUCUCCAGGUUUCGAUAUGUGGCGGGUUCAGCUAUUGCUUCCUGUGUGGCUGCAGCGAUUGCAUUUCGCAGUUGGUAUGAUGGCUGGCAAUGUUUGGUGGUCCUAUGUGCUGCUGUCAUUGCCCAGGUCAUUGUGCACCAAAGAGAAGUGAUUCUACGCCGAUGCUUUGAAUUGACAAUUCAAAGAGAUGAGAAACCAGUGCAGGUCGCGAGCCACACUCUAGAGAAGGGCGAAGAUGUCCGGUGUCAAGAAACCGCGCUGGCACGAGCGAGUGCACUUGAGCGUUUGACUAGGCACUUGUGCGAUGCCUUCAUCGAGCUGACAGACAGGUAUACCUUGGAACAAUCCCCUUAUCUCCAGGCUUUCUUCAUGCAGGCCAGAAUCGGACAGCGCGCUUGUGUCGCUGUUGCCUGCCGCACAGCAAAAGAGGUUCAGGUCAUUGUUCAGUGA